AUGAAUCUCGUCGUGAUUCUCUCGGCGUCCAUCGCUCUCGGCCUCGCUGUACUUUAUCUUCCGCUUCCGAAUCUCUCUCCGACAUUCGAUUUCCGCCUCUCCUCGUCCAAGUCAGCAGACCAAGUACCCUUUGCAGAGCUGGUGCUGAAAAAUGGCGUUAUUUUCACGAGCGACUCUUCUCUACCUUUCGCGGAUUCCAUGGCUGUGAGAAACGGAAGGAUUCUUGGGGUUGGAAACUACUCGUCGCUUCAGGGAUUGAUUGGAAACGAGACCCAGGAGUUGAAUCUUGAAGGGAAGGUUGUGGUUCCUGGGUUUAUCGAUUCUCAUGUCCAUUUCAUUCCUGGCGGAUUGCAGAUGGCACGAGUCGAGCUGCGAGGUGUUGACCAGAAGGCAGAGUUUGUAAGCAGGGUGAAAGAGGCAGUCACUAAACUGCCACAGGGCUCCUGGGUUCUUGGUGGCGGAUGGAACAAUGAUUUGUGGGGCGGAGAAUUACCAAUGGCGUCAUGGAUCGACGAUUUCAGCAGAGAGAACCCUGUGUGGUUGACGAGGAUGGAUGGUCACAUGGGGCUGGCCAAUUCAUUGGCACUAAAGUUGGCUGGCAUCAGUAGUGAUUCGUCAGAGGAUCCAAUUGGGGGAACUGUAAUGAAAACUGCUCUUGAUGAGCCUACUGGACUGCUGAUAGAUGCUGCGAUGAAACUCGUCGUAACCUCGAUUCCAGAGGUCUCUGUCACCGAAAGGAGGGAAGCUUUGCUCAGAGCUACAGGGCUUGCCUUGAGGAGGGGUGUGACGACUGUUGUUGAUUUCGGCAGAUACUUCCCUGGAGGAUCACCAGAAGAUCCUUGGGAGGACUUUGCAGAUGUGUAUCAGUGGGCUGAUUAUUCAGGAAAGUUGAGGACCAGGAUGUGCUUGUUCUUCCCAUUGGAGACAUGGUCUCGAGUAGCUGAUUUCGUCAAGAAAUCGGGGCGUGCUUUGAGUGAUUGGGUUUAUCUGGGCGGUGUUAAGGCUUUUGCUGAUAGGUUCAAACAGUGCACUAUUCCACGAGCCCUAUUUUGA